AUGGCAGCAGUAGACGACUACUCGCGGCCGACGACGCCUGACAAGAUGUCCAGCGGGCUUGCGUCGCCGCGCACACCCAAGCAGACGGGCCUCGCGCUCACCGAGUACACUGCGAACCCGAGCCCGCCCAGCGAGUCGCCGCGCGAUAAGAGCAGCGUGGUGCCAGAGGCCUUCCUGCUGCCAAACGGAUAUCCUGACUACCUUCGGCUCAUCCUCACGUCGCGCGUGUACGAAGUGGUCAAGGAGACGCCGCUCACGCACGCAAGCAACCUCAGCAACCGGCUCGAGUGCAAUGUGCUGCUCAAGCGCGAGGACCUGCAGCCCGUCUUCAGCUUCAAGCUGCGCGGCGCCUACAACAAGAUGGCCCAUCUCGACCCCAAGGACCGCUGGCGCGGCGUCGUGGCCUGCAGCGCCGGCAACCACGCCCAGGGCGUCGCCUACUCGGCGCGCCACCUGAAGAUCCCCGCGACCAUUGUCAUGCCCUCGGGCACCCCCGAUAUCAAGCACAAGAACGUCUCGCGCCUCGGCGGCUCCGUCAUACUGCACGGCGCCGACUUCGACGCCGCCAAGGCCGAGGCCGCGCGCCUCGAGCAGUUGCACGGCCUGAUCUCGAUACCGCCCUUCGACGACCCGUACGUCAUCGCCGGCCAGGGCACUGUCGGCCUGGAGGUGCUGCGGCAGACGAACCUGCAGAACCUGCACGCCGUCUUCUGCUGCGUCGGCGGCGGCGGCCUGAUUGCCGGCAUGGGCGUCUACAUCAAGCGCAUCGCCCCGCACGUCAAGAUCAUCGGCGUCGAGCAGUACGACGCCAACGCCAUGGUCGAGUCGCUAAAGGCCGGCCGCCGCGUGCUGCUCAAGGACGUCGGCCUGUUCGCCGACGGCGCCGCCGUCAAGACGGUCGGCGAGGAGACGUUUCGCAUCUGCCAGGACGUUGUCGACGAGGUCGUCCAGGUCACGACGGACGAGACGUGCGCCGCCAUCAAGGAUAUGUUCGAGGACACGCGUUCCAUUGUCGAGCCUGCUGGCGCCCUUGCGCUCGCUGGUCUGAAGAAGUGGGUCAGCCGCAACCCCUCGCCCGACCGCGAGCGCGGCCUCAUUGCCGUUGCGAGCGGCGCGAAUAUGAAUUUCGACCGUCUGCGCUUUGUCGCCGAGCGUGCUGCGCUCGGUGAGAACAAGGAGGCCCUGCUGUCCGUCACCAUCCCGGAGCAGCCGGGCGCCUUUGCGAAGCUCGUGUCCGCCAUCCACCCCAUGGGCAUCACCGAGUUCAGCUACCGCUACUCUGGCCCGCAGAAAGCCAACAUCCUCGUCGGCGUCGAGCUCAAGGCUGCGACGCGCUCUCGCCAUCUGCCGGACCUCGUCGCCCGCCUCGCCGCCGAGGGCAUGACCGCGACCGACCUGUCGCAGGACGAGCUCGCCAAAUCGCACAUCCGCUACCUGGUCGGUGGUCGCAGUGCCGCCGCAGACGAGCACCUGUUCAUGUUCGAGUUCCCCGAGCGCGGCGGUGCGCUGAACAAGUUCUUGAACACGCUGCAGCCCGGCAUGAACAUCAGCCUGUUCCACUAUCGCAACUACGGCGGCGACGUCGCCAAGAUCCUGGCAGGCAUCCAGUGCAAGCAAGAAGAGAACGCAAAGCUGACCAGCUUCCUGACAGAGAUUGGUUACCCGUACAAGGAGGUCACCGACAGCGCCAGCUAUAACAUGUUCUUGAGGGAUUGA